AGAGAGAGAGUUAGAGCUGAAGCAAGGUGCACACGUUGCUCAGCUUUCUCAUUGCAGCCGCGACAGGCAGUCAGAGAGGAGCUCCGAUCUAACCAGCAGCAACAAUAGACUUCAGAAUACACAGCGAGCGCCAUCAAUAGACCUUCGCCAGAAACGUUGCGAGUGAGAGGAAGCCGCUUAAGGACCAGAGAGAGGCAGAAAAGUGAAGAUUUAAAGACACUGAGCAAUUACAACAGAGCCCGGGUUUCUAAAUUGGGAGGACACCACUAGGGACUUUGCAAAACAUCAGAGGGUGGCUGCUUCUCCUUCUGUGUGGUGAGACAGGACGAGCAUCAACACUGGCACUUAAGUGUCGAUCAGAGGUCUUCUUGAGGAGUUGAUGAUCUGGCACUAUUGCCUCAGCUGUGAUGUGGGGGCUCGACAUGGCGAUGCAAGGGUCAAUGCUGAGCCUGGCUCUGCUGUUCUUUGGUGUUCAAGCUGUUCCUAACCCCACCAGCAAACUUGUAAAGACCACGAGGGUGAGACGACAGCUUCCAGAUGACCCUAGCAACCAGACCCAGUCCAUGAUCUUCAAUCAUGUAUACAACAUCAAUGUACCGCUUGAGUCACUGUGCUCCAUAGACCUGGACACGAUACCAGGCCCAGGGAACAAAGGUAACGGCGAGGGUGACAAGUUUCCAACGGAGUAUACAGAAGAGACUGUGGAUUCGGAAAGCCAGGUGACCUUUACUCACCGCAUCAACAUCCCGAAGCAAGCCUGCGGUUGUCCCACCAUCACUGCAAUACAACAGCUGGCCAACCGUAUAGAGAUGCUGGAGCGUGAGGUGUCGGUGCUUCGGGCGCAUUGUAGCUCCGGGUGUUGUGGCGAGAGCUCUGUCAUGGGUCACUUGGACUUUGUCCCUCAGUGUGGCGGCCAUGGCACCUUCAGCAUGGAGAUCUGUGGAUGCGUGUGUGAAGAAGGAUGGACGGGCAAGAACUGCUCUGAACCACGCUGCCCAGAUGAUUGCUCCGGCCAGGGCAUCUGCAUCGAGGGCGAGUGUGUGUGCGACCGUAACUUCGCCGGUGAGAACUGUUCAGAACCCAGAUGCCCAAGCGACUGCUCCGACAGGGGUUUGUGCAUCGAUGGCGAGUGCGUUUGUGAAGAAGCCUAUGCUGGUGAGGACUGCUCACAGGGCAGGUGUCUGAACGACUGCUCCGAUCAGGGAACCUGCGUGAACGGAAGCUGUCAUUGCCGUCCGGGCUUCCUAGGAGAGGACUGUUCUCUCAUCUUCUGUGCCAAUAACUGCAGCCAGAAAGGGGUGUGCAAGGACGGCUUCUGCGCCUGUCAAGAGGGAUAUACGGGGGAUGACUGUGCUUCAGUGUCACCUCCUAUACAUCUACGAGUUCAAGGGGUGUCCGAGCAUACUGUUGAUCUGGAAUGGGAGGGGUCUAUGAUCCUGACAGACUUUCUCAUCACUUAUGCCCCCACAACCCCUGGUGGAGUCCAACUGGAGAUCAGAGUACCUGGAAACGUUACCAACACCACCAUCAAAGGUUUGGAGCCAGGACUGGAGUACAACAUCAACGUGUACGCCGUCAUCGACAACAUCAUCAGUGCACCUAUGAACACCUUAGUAUCCACCUAUCUCUCGAAUCCAGACGGUUUACUCUUCAAAUCAAUCAUGGAGACAUCCGUGGAGGUUCAGUGGCAACCUUUAGACUACUUGUUUGAUGGCUGGGAAAUAAGCUUCAUUCCCAAGGACAAUGAUGGAGGGAUGACGGCACAGCUACCCAGCACCAUCACAUCCUUCCACCAAACAGGGCUGAAGCCUGGGGAGGAAUACACUGUCAACCUGGUGGCACUGAAAGACCAGGGCAGGAGUCAGCCGGUUACUACAACUUUUGUCACACUAAUUGAUGGGCCAACCCAGCUUAUCGUACGAGACGUCUCAGACACAGUCGCGUUCGUGGAGUGGACCUCACCCAAAGCUAAAGUGGACAAGAUCAUACUGCGAUACGGGCUGUUGGGUGUAGAUGGACCAAAAACCACCUUUCGUCUGCCGUCGACUUUAAGCCAGUACUCACUGCAAGUCCUGAGGCCUGGAUCGACAUAUGAAGUAUCGGUCAGUGGAAUCCGAAAUGGCAAUGAAAGCGAAGCCAUUUUCACAGCAUUUACUACAGAAAUCGAUGCACCAAAGAACGUGCGAGUGUUGUCGAAAACAUCCACAAGCUUGGACCUGGAAUGGGACAAUAGUGAAGCAGAUGUAGAAAGCUACAGUGUGGUUUACAGCACACUAGCUGGAGAUCAGUACGACAAGGUCUUCGUCCCGCGCAAUGACGGUUACACCACCAAGACCACCCUCACUGAUUUACUGCCUGGCACAGAAUAUGGCAUUGGAAUUUCAGCUGUACUUGGUGCCAACCAAAGCACACCAGCAACAAUGAAUGCAAGAACAGAUCUGGAUGUCCCCUUGGAUUUGACGGUCACAGCCUCCACAGACAACACCAUCACCCUGUUGUGGGGCACGGUGCAGGGGCCUAUCGACCAUUAUAGGGUGACCUACACCUCCUCUGCUGGAGUUACGACCGAGCUUACGGUACCCAAGGACAUCACCUUCACCACACUGACAGGUCUGGAGCCGGCCACCGAAUAUACCAUCACGGUUGCAGCACAGAGAGGCAGACAGCAAAGUGCAGCCGCCACAAUUGAUGCCUUCACAGGCUUUCGCCCUAUCACACAGCUGUAUUUCUCUGAUGUCACAUCUGAUUCAUUGACUGUGGCUUGGAGUGCACCAGCCCCGCCUGCUGAUGCAUUCAUCUUGAACUACAGUGUCCAGGACUCGAGUGAUGAUUCUGAGAUCGCUCUAGACGGCUCCAAAACAAAAAUCGCCCUCACUGGUCUUCUGCCCUCCAGGCGCUAUACCGUUUCCUUGGUAACCAUGCACGGCAAUGUGUCCUCAGAACCGGUUAUAGGUCCAGUCACAACAGGAAUGGACCCUCCAAGAGACUUGAGUGUGUUGUAUAUCACAGAGGAGUCUGCGACCAUAUCAUGGAUUCAACCGCUCGCACCUUUUGACUACUACAAAAUGGCUUACCAAUCACCAAAAGGUAGGGUAGACAAUGUGAUCUUUGACAGCGAUGUCACCAACUACACCCUGACCAACCUCCAUCCGGCCACCGAGUAUGAGAUCAAGCUAAAUGCAGUGAAAGGAAGCCAAGAAAGCAAGAUCAUCACCACGACUGUCUUCACAGCUAUGGACAUGCCUGCGGAGCUGACUGCAUUGAAUGUCACACCUCAGGGGGCUCUGCUGCGCUGGAACCCUCCGGUCUCAAGUGUUGAUAACUAUGUGCUCACCCUCACCAGGAACCAGGUUACUGCAGACACCUUCUUGGUGGAGGGUAACAAGCAGGAGUAUCAGCUGAGUCAGCUCAUCCCCAGCACCCCAUACUCAGUGGCCCUCUAUGCCACUAAAGGCCCUCUCACUAGUGGCACCGUCAUCGCCAACUUUGUCACACCUAUGGACGCACCCCAUAACCUUACUGCCAGUGAGAUCAACCAUCGAAGUGCCCUCAUAUCUUGGCAACCGCCCAUCGCUGAGAUCGACAACUACAUGCUGACAUACAAAGCUGCAGACGGCGGUCGAAAGGAGCUGAUCUUUGAUUCAGAGGAUACAUGGAUUCGUCUUGAGGGGCUGGCAGAGACCACCGAAUAUACCGUGAGACUGCAAGCCGCCAGAGGAUUAGAGACCAGCGCCAUUGUCUCCACCACUUUCACGACAGGAAACCGAUUGUUUCCCACGCCACAGAACUGUGCACAGCACCUGCUAAAUGGAGAGACCCUGAGUGGGAUCUACAGCAUCUACAUCAACAGAGACCUCAGUCAAGGUGUGCAGGUUUACUGCGACAUGACCACCGACGGAGGAGGCUGGAUAGUGUUCCAGCGACGUCAGAACGGCUUGACUGAUUUCUCCAGGAAGUGGAGUGACUACAAGAUUGGCUUUGGCAACCUGGAGGAUGAGUUCUGGCUCGGCCUGGACAACAUUCAGAGGAUCGCAGCUCAAGGACGUUACGAGCUCCGCAUCGACAUGAAAGACGGCCAGGAGUCUGUAUACGCCAACUACGACAGGUUUUCCAUCGGAGACUCCAAGAGCCUCUAUAAACUAAGGAUUGGAGAAUACAAUGGCACAGCAGGUGACUCUCUGAGCUACCAUCAGAGCAGACCUUUCUCUACCCAGGAUAAGGACAAUGACGUUGCUGUCACCAACUGUGCUCUGUCCUACAAGGGAGCCUGGUGGUAUAAAAACUGCCAUCGGGCUAACCUUAAUGGCAAAUAUGGAGAGUCCAGACAUAGUCAGGGUAUUAACUGGUAUCACUGGAAAGGCCACGAGUUUUCCAUCCCGUUCGUGGAGAUGAAGAUGAGGCCGUUCAACUACCGCAGCAUCAGUGGCAAGAGGAGGAGAUCCACUCAUUAAUCCACUUUCCUGCUAGCUAUUACUGUUUUUACAUAGAUGAGGAGGACAUGAGGAGUUACCGUAACUUAUUUAAAUCUUUGAAUGACUAAAUCCCUUUGACGAAUGUCUGAUGUAAAUUCCUUGAGGUUUGAUGACUUUUUUGUGUAAUGCUGUUCUGGGAGAUUUUAAAGAUUAAGGGGAAGCUCGGUGUAGUUUAACACGUUUACCGUGUAAGGCCUGCGGAAAGAACCUCAUUGUUUUGUGAAGAGAACAUUUUAUGUCCUUAAGAUAAAAGUUUUGGGAAAAAAUAAUGGCCGUAAAAAUCAGAUGCUUCUAUUUUUAUAAGAAAUACCUUUAAAAAGGAACUGAAUAAUGAAUUAUCGAUUUUGGUUUGUGUGACGUAUUACACUUAUUAUUACAUUAUAUUUUGUUCGUACUGCACCCUGAGGCCAACGUUUAUUGACUUAAUAAUUUAAUUGCAUUAAGUUAUUCACAUUUACAGUCAUCCAUUUGUAAUUUCAAAGCAUCACAGAGGACUAAACGUCUACAUUGUUACUGUAUUAUGACAGGGUUUUCCAAAAAAAAAAAACGGCUAUAAUUAAAGUACUAUUACAGUAUUAUUAAAACCUCAGAAACCAAAGAUUUAUUAAAAUUCUGAGGUCGAAAUCAACGAUUGAGCAGAAAUAUUUUGCGUAUAUAAAGAUAUCUUUUAGAUAUCCCAUCGCUGCAAUAUUAAAUUAAUCCAGAUUUAAUUUCACAAUAAAUAAAUGGAAACCAGUGGGAAUAAUAACCAUGCUAAUAACUUUAAGUGCUUCAAGGACUCUUUCAGCUUUUUAAUCAAUUCCACACAUUACACACGUUUACAUCAUCCCACUUUAGAAAUGGUCUUGGGUCUGUCUGAAAGAAUGAUUCUCGUUUAUGCCUCAUGAGUGAUUUUAUACAUCAACUGACACGAGUGCAGUGAUAAGUAGGUAUGGAGAAUUCUCUACUUGCUUGUGAAGGUUGAAUAUGUUCUCAUUCCUGUAGACUUGAACGAACACAGAUGUGUGUCUGCAUCUUAUAAUUCGCUAUGUUACAAGCAAUUUAUAGUUUCAUUUUCAUAGACUAGUUUGUUUUACUAGACUGACUCACUAAGAGGCUGAUUAUACCUGGUAUUAAGAUGUGUUUUGGUCGAUUAAAUCACAAGUGAACAAUGCUGUAUACAAACUGUCAGGGGCGUCAUGCACCAAUUUUUUUUUUAAGGGGGCACAGUGUGCAAAGCUCACAGAAAUUUGUGCAUACACAGACAUCAAACGAAUUAUAUUAUAGAGCUUUCAGUCUUUUCCAUGGCACCUACAUUUCUAACAAUCUGAGCGCCCCUGCCUUCAUCCAAAAACCUCCAAAAUAAAAGCGUUGACUAACAUUUAUAUCAAAUACUAUUCAAUCGGAAUAAUGGCAAUAUUGGCAUCAUAUUUACAUCUGAAACGGCAUGUUUGGUUUAUUUAUGUUUUGUUUAGUGACUUGUUUAAUUGUGUCAUUAAUGCAUUUUGCACAACAACUGCAUUAUGUAAUUUUAAAUCCAUAUAUAAACAAUGAAAAUGACAUAAGCUAUAGCCACGUCAUUGAUUUUAAUGUUCAAUAAUGAUUUAAAAAAAUAUGUUUUAGAUAAAAAUUUUAGAGGAACGGAUUUUUGCAUUACAUUUGACCUCAUAUGUGAGCAUGUGUGAUUCCGCGCCCCGUGAACUCUGGCGAACUUUGGCGUUGGGCCAAGAAGAUGAAUCUAGAAAUCUCUAAUAAUAUAACGCAGAGACGGUCACAUUUAAACCAUACAUUUUCUACAUAGAGUAGGUUAACUGCACAUUACCGUACUGGGGUUUGGAAAUGUUGUGAGCGUUCCUUACACGUUUGAAUUCCUCAGAUAGCCAAAUGCAGCAGCAUCAGCAAAGAGCCUGUGAGCGCGCUCAGACGCUAAUGACGUCUGCGGCUGCGCUCUGACUGCAGCGCCUGCCGCCAGUAUAAAGUAAUGUAACACGAUCAAAACGCAAAAAUCUCUGAAAAGUGACAAGGAUGCAGCACAGAAUUAAUAAUAUUGUGCAUUUUAAACAGAUUAAAAGAAAGUAACAGAUUAAUGGACGCUUCUUUGAUUUUAAGGUUGUAUGCAAAAUCCAUUUGGCUAAAAAAACUGAAGGGGCACAAUAUGUGCAUGACGCGUCUGCACACUGUAAAAAAUGUGGUCAAAUCAACAAAUUAAGUUAAACAAUUUUAACUUGUUUUUAUAGUAAGUCAAAACUUAAAAAAGUAGGUUGAGUUGACUUGCAAAACCAAGUUGUUUUAACUGUUUUACAGUGCACGUGUAAAAGGGUUGUAAAACAUUUUUAGCUUGUCCCCUUAUAGUCGAAUGUGUUCGAGCAGCCACAAAAGACUUACUCUCUGCUUAUUGAGCUAAUGUGACGUACCGAGCACAAUUUUUACCAUCGGCUCUGACUUCUAGCGCGAACCCACAGUGUUUUGUGCGACCUUUAUCAUUGAUUAAACUAAAGCGCUUGCUCUCCGCUUCUUUCAGUUUAGUUUUAUUUUGCGAGCUGUGAAAGUUGCAUGUGCUUAUUUCAAGCCCUUACAUAUACAUACAGUAACAUUGUGCAGCAUGUUUACUGAAGACAGGUAGAGGUAAUCUCAGAUGUACAAAUAUUAGUAUGUGUCAAUUAAAAACCCAUAAUUUCUCCCCUUGUGUUUUAACCACUCUGCCAGACCAUCCACUGCAAAAACUUUCUUACUUAGUAUUUUUGUCUUGUUUUCAGUAAAAAUAUCUAAAAAUUCUUAAAUUAAGAUGUAUUUUCUUAAUGAGCAAAAUAGGAAAAUAAGUCUAGAAAAAAAUAUACAAUUUAAGCGAAGUUGUGCUUAAAACAAGCAAAAAAAUCUACCAAUGGAAUAAGAAAGAUUUUAUUGAAUUAAGUGUAAAAAAGUAAACUUAUUUCAAGAAAAUUUUUUGCUUGUUUUAAGCCCUAGUUUACUUCAAUGUUUUUUUUUUUUUGUCUAAAAACUAGACUUAUAUUCCUAGGUAAUUUUGCUCAUCAAGAAAAUACAUCUUAAUUUAAGAAUUUUACGAUAUUUUUACAGAAAACAAGACAAAAAUAUACUAAGUAAAAAAGUACUUUUUGCAGUGUUCCCCUUAGGACAGAAGUGGUCAAAAGUGAAGAAAAGAAACAAAUUAAAACACGUCAAAUGUGUCUCUUUCGUCUACUUGUGAUCCAAUCGACCGAAGGGCAUUUUAAUACCAGGUAUAAGGGUGAAGGGUUAGUUUCCAUUCCUGUUCGCAUUUUCAUUCUGAAAAUGAAGUUGUCACCUGCUGAUUAAAAGUAAAGUUAAAGGUUAUGCACUUACACGAACACAAAAAGCAAUCCAACUCUUGGUGAAAGUUCGACCAUAGUUUUAUUUGAUCACAAGAGUAUAAUUUCAGGUUAUUUCAUCACCUUAAUGUAUUUUAACAGUGUUUUAAAAGGUUUGUGAAGGAGUCACAGUACGAUCAUGUCAUGUUUUUUUAGACAUUUCCUCAUGCAAUGUAACUUACCUCAGCAACUUUUCUUCUUUAUCUACUAGCAUUCAUAAUGCUGAUAGUUUCACUGAUGAUAAAAGACAUGUUUACUGUAUUUGUUGUAUCGAGUUUAAUUAAAGACAGUAAAACAUUUCAUCUUCACCAUAAAGUGUUAAAACAGAGAUACUGAAGAAGAAAGAAAGGAACAGUACACUUUUAGAAAAAAAUGGCUGGGGAAGAUACCCUUUGAAAAGGUCAUAAUAUGUACCAUUUAAGUACAGAUAUAUAUCUUUAGGGUACCAAUAUGUACCUUUGAGGUACUAAUAUACACCCUUUAGGUAGAAGUAUGUACUUUUUGAAAUGGUAAGCUUUUAAGAGUGUACAGAAUCUGAAUUAUUUGUAUUUUUUUUUUUUUUUUGUGUGCUUUAGUGUCUGUCCAUUAGUAAGAUGUAAAACAUCUUCAAAAUGCUUUCUUAACCAUUUUAGUUUCAGAUAAUGAGCCUCUUUUGAGUGAUGGCACUGUGAUUUAUCUUCAAAGAGUUUCUUACUUUUAGCUUUAAUUUCUUUUUGUACUAUUUAAGGGGUACGAUUAGACUAGAAACAGCUGGGAUGGGAGUUGGAAACCAUGUAAAUUCUUAAUCAGCUCAAAGCGAUUGCAUUUAACAUUGAGAAAGACUUACAUUUCCCUGCACCAGAAGGCAUCAUAUUCCCAAGUUACUGCUCUGUUGAGGUUUGAAGUAUGUUUUUGGGGUUGUUUGUUUCGUUUCAUUCAGCAAGUUAAUGGUUUGUGGUUUCACACUGCAGUAUCUCUUUUCUCGAAUUUGUUUUCAUUAAAAAGGAAUAGAGAUGGUAAUGUAGUAGAGUGAUUGGGAGGGCUCUCAACAGAGAGACACCAGCAGAUUGCCCUUCAUUAUUCAUUGAUUCAGCAUAUGGCAGAGACACUGACUACCACCAAACCACAUUUGGCUGAAGAUUUACAAUGGAAACAUGUUACAAGCAGCAUUUGAAACUCUGAUGUUGUGCUGUCAAAUGUGACCCAGUCUGUGAAAACCCAGCUAAAGUCAGCUACUGUUUUUGAAAGAAUCAUCCUACAUAAUUUAUUCGGUGAAAAUAUAACCUUCAAGGUCAUGUCAAAGAUUGAUAUCAAUGAAUGAAAUCAAACUUUGAUAACAUCUUAACAUAAUUAGAUUACAAGACUUUAGCCUGGAUUUCACAGACACGGUCACAAGUCUUUAUAUAUGUUUGUUUCAUUUGACCAUAAUAUUGUAAAAAGUCCCUUACGUUUUGUACCUUAGAGGAUGUAUUAGAGCAGUAAAUAUGUUUUGACUGCUUAUCCUUUAUGGCUUUUGGAAAAUGUGUGUUUAGCAUGAGCACAAAUGAAACAGGUUCAGUAAUGUGUGGAAAAGAACGAUCUCUGAAACAUUUCUCCCUAACUCGCUGACCACAUUCUGUUCAAUAACCUUGGAUAUUAAUGUAACAGAUCGAAUUAGCUCUAGUUUAACCUAAAAUGUGCUGUAUAAUUCCUUUUUUAAUACAUUUUCUACACAUUAAUAAAAUAUUCAAAAACAAGUCAAGUGUUUGAUUGUGUAUUCAUUUGGAAGCAUUUUUUAAGCAACUUUUACAUUUUGUGUAGCCAAAACAAUUGUUGUUUAAUUUUUCAUUAUCAUCAG